UCUAAUUGUGUUGUGGACAGGGUAUGGACCUUGAUACUUUUCCUGGUUGUUCUAUGCUUGUUGAUGCAUAUCCGAUAAAUAUGUCCGAUCCCACCACCGAGGAGGAGGCUAUGAUAAUUUAUGAGCUGGUUGAUCUUGCUCUCGACAUAUACAAUCAUGAUGAAUCCAAUCUUUUUAAGUACAAGUUCAUCAAGGUUGAGAAAGUGAACACUCGGCUCACAGGAUAUGCUGAAUUUUUCAUUACUGUGAAAUUCUUAAAUGUCACUAUUGCUACUGUUGUUGAAACUUUUCAAAUAUAUGCCGGUCAAAGUAUGUGUAGGCGUCAUUUUAAAAGAGUCUUUUCUUGUGUACCAAAAUCAGGGGCGUUGAUGUAAUUGCCAAGAUGGAAGAGAGGGACAUACACUUUAUUAUGUGGUAGGUACUACUAAUACACGGUAUACUUCAACGAACAACAUUCUCCUUCUG